UUGCUGCCUCUGCCAGCCCUGGUCAUUUGCCAGAGCUGCCCCCAGCUCUCCAGAGCCCUAAUCGGACAGAGGACUCUCUCUCCCUAUUUGCCAUCAGGGUGCGCCCCCUCUUAGUCUAACAGGGACGCACCCAGCAAACAAGUAGAGGCAAGGUCACUCAGCCAGAGCCACCAAGGACCUUUGCUAACCAGCACACACAUCUUGCUUCUUCCCCUUUAUUCCCUCCACCACCAAUAGCUCCUGGGAGCAGCAAUGCCUUACCUGCACCCAGCUCCAGGGCCCCAGACACACCUUGUUCCCCAGGAUGCCCGGGCUACCCACUCCUCAGGAAAGAGCUUUGAGCAGCUGAGGCAGGACUGUCUGCAGGCUGGCACCCUGUUUGAGGACACAGACUUCCCUGCCUGCAAUGCCUCCCUGUUCUUCAGCGAGAGGCCCCAGGUUCCUUUCGUGUGGAAACGGCCAGGGGAGAUCGUGGAACACCCGGAAUUCAUCCGUGGAGGGGCCACCAGGACCGACAUCUGCCAGGGGGAGCUGGGGGACUGCUGGCUGCUGGCUGCCAUUGCCUCCCUCACGCUCAAUGAGAAGGCACUGGCCAGAGUGGUCCCCCAGGACCAGAGCUUCGGGCCUGGCUAUGCCGGAAUAUUCCACUUCCAGUUCUGGCAGCACAGUGAGUGGCUGGAUGUGGUGAUCGACGACCGCCUGCCCACCUUCAGGGACCGCCUGGUCUUCCUGCACUCAGCCGACCACUGUGAGUUCUGGAGCGCUUUGCUGGAGAAAGCCUAUGCCAAGCUGAAUGGGAGCUAUGAGGCACUGAAGGGGGGCAGCACCAUCGAGGCCAUGGAGGACUUCACCGGUGGUGUGGCUGAGAUUUUCCACACCAGAGAGGCACCGAAGGAUUUCUACCAGAUUCUGGAGAAGGCGCUGAGGCGUGGCUCCCUGCUAGGCUGUUCCAUGGAUAUCAGAAAUGCUGCAGAAUCUGAAGCCCGUACACCUUUUGGUCUAAUUAAGGGCCAUGCCUACACCGUGACUGGAAUUGAUCAGGUAAAUUUCCGAGGCCAGAAAACUGAGCUCAUCCGAGUCCGGAACCCUUGGGGCCAGGUGGAGUGGAAUGGGUCCUGGAGCGACAGCUCUCCUGAAUGGGGCUCCGUGGACCUCGAUGAACAGAAGCGCUUGUGUCACUCUGCUCUUGAUGACGGGGAGUUCUGGAUGUCAUUUAAGGAUUUCAAGACCCACUUUGACAAAGUGGAGAUUUGCAACCUCACACCUGAUGCCCUGGAGGAGGACACUCUCCACAGAUGGGAGGUGACAAUCCACCAAGGAAGCUGGGUUCGGGGCUCCACAGCAGGGGGCUGCCGGAACUUCCUGGAUACAUUUUGGACCAAUCCACAGAUACAGCUGUCCCUGACAGAGCAGGACGAGGAGCAGGAAGGAUGUACUUUCCUUGUAGCUCUGAUGCAGAAAGAUCGGCGGAAACUGAAGAGGCGCGGUGCUGACAUGCUGACCAUAGGCUAUGCUAUCUACCAGAGCCCUGAGGAGCAUGGACACCUGAGCAGAGACUUCUUCAGGUACCACGCUUCCCUGGCCAGAAGCAAGACCUUCAUCAACCUGAGGGAAGUCUCUGACCGCUUCCGGCUGCCCCCGGGGGAGUACAUCCUGAUCCCCAGCACCUUCGAGCCCCAUCAGGAGGCUGACUUUUGUCUGAGGAUCUUUUCAGAGAAGAAGACCGUCACCAGGGACCUGGAUGGAACCACAGACAUCCACCUCCCCGAGCCUCUGCAGCCGACUCCCCCUGAGCAGGAGACAGAGGAGGAGCAGCAGUUCCGGGCCCUGUUCCAGGCCAUCGCUGGUGAGGACAUGGAGGUGACUGCAGAGGAGCUCGAAUAUGUUUUAAAUACCGUGCUGCAAAAGAAAAAGGAUCUCAAAUUCAAGAAGCUAAGCCUGAUCUCCUGCAAGAACAUCAUUUCUCUGAUGGAUACCAGAGGCAAUGGGAAGCUGGACUUCAGUGAAUUCCAGAUGUUCUGGGACAAGCUGAAGCAGUGGAUUAACCUGUUCCUCCAGUUUGAUGUGGACAAGUCCGGCACUAUGUCCUCCUAUGAGCUUCGGACUGCACUGAAAGCCGCAGGCUUCCAGCUGAGCAGCCACCUCCUGCAGUUGGUUGUGCUCAGAUACGCGGAUGAGGAACUCCAGAUGGACUUUGACGACUUCCUCAACUGCCUGGUGCGGCUGGAGAACGCGAGCAGGGUGUUCCAGGCCCUCAGUACGAAGACCAAGGACUUCAUCUACCUCAACAUAAAUGAGCUCAAGAUCUGUCCACUCUCCCUCAUGCAGGUCAUCCUGUGA